GCGCAGACAACGACAGCGACGCUGACGUCGACAGCGCUGGUGCAAAAUUUAACUAAAAAUAAAACUAACACGAAAACAUAAGAAAUAAAUAUAAAUAAAUCUGUGCUCGGUCUAUAAACAUCGUAGCGCCCUUAUGCCAUCCAAUCAUUCGCGUUUCUGAGCUGCGUCAAUACGAACCAAAAGGAAAGCGCCGAAAAAUACUGUGGCAAGGAAUGCUCUGGAAAUUCAGCAUGUGAAAACUGACCUCAAGAUCAUUCAAAAUUUCGCACAAUUCUUGCCAACAUACAUUGAAAUUCAAAUUAAAAUUAAAACAAAACAAAGUUCCUAAAAAAAAAAGAUACGGUACAAUUUAGAAAAUAGAAUAGUAAUAGAAAUUACGUGCAAAAACAAAAAGUUCCUAAAGUCAUCAAAAUACUCGCACCACCUGCAAGCAUGACAGCACUGGGAUUACUUUUGCUAUCUAUGAUGGGUUACACCCAGCACAUGCAGCAAGCCGCAACGGAGGGUGGGCCACACAGUGCCCGACUGCUGUCGAGGGCCGAUUGGGGUGCCCGCAUGCCCAAGCAGGUGGACUAUUUCACCGGACCCGCGCCCUAUGUCAUCAUACACCACUCGUAUAUACCAGCCGCAUGCUACACCACGCCGGACUGUAUGCGCAGCAUGCGUGACAUUCAGGACUUUCAUCAGGAGGAUCGCGGAUGGAAUGACAUUGGCUAUAGCUUUGGCAUUGGAGGCGAUGGCAUGAUCUACACAGGACGUGGAUUCAAUGUGGUGGGAGCUCAUGCGCCCAAAUACAAUGACAAGAGUGUGGGAAUUGUCCUUAUCGGAGAUUGGAGAACUGAGCUACCACCAGAACGCAUGUUGCACGCCACCAAGGAUCUUAUAGCAUUUGGCGUAGCCCAGGGUUACAUUGAUCCCGCGUACAAGUUGCUGGGCCACAAGCAGGUGCGCGAUACCGAGUGUCCUGGCGGCCAACUGUUCCACGAGAUAUCCACGUGGCCGCAUUUCACCCGAUUGAACAACACACCGGAGGCACCGCCCGUGGUCAAGAAGAUUUAAGCACAGGCGUCGCACAGUUUGUGCUAAGUACUGAGCUACAACUGACAACUAACAUACAGAAGCUAAAUUGCAACAAUCAGCUGGAAGUCAAUGAACUUCCAUAAACAGUAUUUCAUAAGGUUUCGUGUAACAUGAACAGAGAAGAGAGCACAAAUAAACACAACUACUAGAAUUACGUUUACUUAAAAAA